CGGACUACAGGCAACAGAGCGGUCCGAAGUGGUUCCGCCAGCUGGUUUUUACAUAGGAUCACCGAGUCGACCGGCAGCUGCCCAUAAACGUCACGGUUCUUCAGAGCGCAAGCCCGGCAUGGGGGUGCUUGCGAGCCAUAUACUCGACGACCAGCCCUGUUUUCAAACAGUCGUCGGGUUUGCGUGGGUGCUUCGCGGCCGUUCGACGCCGUGAAACCAGGAAACUCGAUGUCAACGAACCACGAAAAGAUAUGACACCGAGAAACAUGGAUGGAAAUGAAACCGCGUACACAGUGAACAUCCGUUAAUUAAUUCGCCUAAGGAGAGAUCGUGUGACAAUAGAUACAACUGGAGAAAUCGACAGUGAUCGGUGGUGAACAUUGACGAUAGUAUCCAAUUUUGAUCUGUCAAUGAUAGAAAAUUAAUUUCCUCUUGUCGCGAAGGCAUCGCCGUGAUAGUUUGAUAUUGUUGUUCGGAGUGGCCGCCCGGUAUUUUAAUUACCGUUUCAUUCGAAUUGAUCGCGCUCGAUGCCGACGAACAGUUCGCUCGCGAGUUUCGAUGUUCCAGCGAGUUGAAGGUUUGUUGACGAUACCGGCGAGUUUGACCGAGUUCUCGGAAGGAAAGAGUGCGGUGUUCGACCAGUUCCCUUCGAUCGAAGAUACACCAGAGACAUUUAGCGGAACCGUUAAUAGUGGCGAAGAGUAUACUUUGCUGGGAACGGUUGCUAUAUCCGCAAACUUUGAAGAGGACACUAUCCGAAUGAGAAGAGACUGAUCCUGUUCAGGAAUUAGUGUGGAAGGGCGCGUCAGGGAAAAAGAAGGGUAACAGGACCGAUCUCCGUUGGAUAUAGCCGCGAUGGGACGGAAGCACAAGCGUCGACUGAUACCGGAACAGGAUCGCAGAAUAUGCGGCAGCAUCUGCUUCUGUCAGUUCACUAUUGUCAUCAGCUGCGUCGCAUUGGUUUAUCUAAGCGUGGCAAUCUACAUGCCAUCCCACAGAGCCUUUCACGCAGGGAUCGAGCCGGAUCCAGUUAUGUGCCAAACCAUUGAUACCACCUUAGCUAAUAAUUGUGGCUGGGCGAGUUGCGGGGAGUGGUGCUUAACGAGAACCACCGGAUUCUGCCCCCAGAUUCACGCAACAGUGAGGAGGAACGGCACAGAAAUCAUUUUUCAGAAUUGCACGAAUUUCAAUAGCAUAUCGUGCCCUCAGGUGAACAUGGCCGCCAUUAAGAAAUACAACUGCAACAACGGCAGCGAGUGCAGCGUUCUAUCGGGGGUAUUCAACUGCAGUCUUGGCCAUUGUGCUAACUUAAGCGAACUGAUGCUCUGCCAUCACAAAGCCGACGGCAUCGUCGUCGACAGCGAGAAGGACAACAUGAAGCUGAAUGGUUUCUUCAACUGCCAGAGCUCUAGAUGCACAAAGAUCAAGACUCCGUUCACGUGCGAUCGAUAUUGUCCGAAAAUCUCCACGUCCGAUGCGAACGUGUUCCUCAUGCACGACGAUAACGUUGUCACUGCGAAGUGUGAACGGGGAUUAGCUUUGAAUAUGGCCAACGGAAAUCUGCCUGGAACUAGGCUGACCACGCCCGUUCAAAUUUGGGACAGCCGGAACAGCAGUAUCAUUACUAGCUGCAUAGCUGUCAGCAAAGAAAAAGAUAGACUGAGGGCAGAGGACUGCGUGAAUGGCACCUUGUUAAAAGAAAUCCCAGUGCCGCAACCGUACAUCAACUUCACGAGCUUUCUGAAUAUAUAUGAGAAAAGCUUGCAGUACCCUGUAGAUCCGACGAACGUCUACGUGCCGGCUCAACGAUCGCUCACGAUCUACAAUAGUUCCCGUCUCUACAUCAACCUGGAAGGCUGCGUGAAUACGCUCAAGGGGGAGUGCAAAGAUUUCCUUGCCAGUCACGGCCGGGAUGGCGACAAUCAGACAGCGCAAAGUAGAUAUCCCUGUUACUAUAAUAAGAACAACUCAUACUUCGUCGUGGCACGUUUCGACCUGAACAAGACACGCACGGAAUUGCUGAUCGCGGUGAUCGUGCCGUCCGGCCUGUUCGUGAUGAGCCUGACGACGCUGGUGAUCAUCACGCGGUCGGUACAGGUCGGCGACGACGCGAAGAUGCGUUGCCGGUACUGCGUGGACAAACAGCAGGUGGAAGGCGAGGAUGAAGGGCUGGUAGAGGCGACGCCUUCGUCGUCCCAAGGUCAGAUGAACGAGAACGAGAUCAAGAGUAUGGCACUUUAGCAGUUUAAGCCGGCCGGGACGGGCGGCAGUGUGCUGCGGUACGAGAGGGUGCCAUUGAUCGACACCGACGAAGCUGAGGACUCGUUUUAGGCUACGGUUACAUUCGACGCGUGUUCCAUUUUAACGAAUAAAUAUUUGAUCAUCAUUGUGUACAACGUUUCUAGGAAUUUGCAUAGAUGUUUGAAUAGCUCAAAAUAUUCUAACUGCUAUUUCCACUUCUCUCAUUUCUUGUGAAGAUAACCUUUUCUGAAAUGUUCUUGUAAUACUAAUAUUACGAUUACUGAUGUUAAAAUUAAUACUGAUUAAUAUGGUUAAUAACAUUGGAAUAUUAGUAUUAGAAAUAGGAGUUAAAUGAUUCCUAUUUCUGAAUUCUCGAGAAGAAAAACUUUUCCGAAAUGUUGUUGUAAUACUAAUAUUACGAUUACUGAUGUUAAUAAUUAAUAUUGAUUAAUGUUGCUGAUAAUAUUGGGAUAUUAUCAUUAGAAAUAGGAGUUAGAUUACUAUCAUUCUGAGCCACUCAGAUGAUUGCUUUGACGCAUCGAGUUCGUCAACACGCAAAUUCGACGGAACACGCGUCCACCAUAAUCACAGCCUUAACCGAGGGCAUCGAACAGCGUCCCGGAUUGAAAUUACAGUGAAUUUGAUCGAUCCCGGCGAAGCGAACGUUUUUCAUCGUGACCGCCGACGCCACCCGGGAAUCGAUCACGAGAUAUCGAGUGUAGAGUGCACCGGGAUGGACGUUACAACGAGUGACCGAGAAUUAAUUGGAUUCUCUUUUGGGGAUGCUCUUCGUCCCUGAGAAAAACAGUUCGAACAUAGCUACGUUCUGUUAAUAAUGAGGAUCAUGAAUUCUAAGAGAGGGACUGGUAUUAGCUUAUUGACGCCGUAGAUGUUUGCUGAAAGUUAGUAUAGGAUUGAAAUGCAAGUAAAUGAUCUCUCAUAUAUUCAAUUUAUUUUUUAGGUAGGUAGGGCUGACAAGUGGAAGUAUUUUUGUUUCAGUAUCUUUGUGGUUUCAAACUGAGUUACGUUAAGGUGCGUAUACGCCGGAGUUCGUUAACAAGUGGUGCAGGUACGAAAUGAUCGGUCGUAAUUAGAGGGUGGAUCUUUAUGUAUGUAGAAAAAAGUUUCCUCGAUGUGGCUUAAGGAAAAUUGAGUUAAAUCGAAGAUUAUCUUUUUAUCGAUGGUCCUAAUGUACUAAAAUUAAAGUAAAAACAAUAUUGAAUUGAAUUGAUUGAAAUAUAGAAAUAAUUUGUAAAUAAUCUCAAAUAUUAUUGCUUAAUAUUAUUUUUAUAUCCUACUCUUAUUGUUUUUUUAUUCGAAUACUAAGAAAAACUUGUAUUAAGUUGGCGCAGGCGAAAAUGGACUCAAGCGCAGAAUUUGUAAUAUUUCAUUAAAAAAAUAAUUAAAUGGGUAUUAUUAAAUUCUGUCAAUUGCAAGAAUUAAUUUUUUUAUGUUUCAUUUCCCGGUGAAUACGUGCCUUAAAAGAUAAAUCGCGUUGAAAGUGAAGUUACAGAAAGAAGACUGAAUUUUCGGUGACUAUAGGGGUCUUUAAUUAUCAAAAUUUAUCGACUACUGUAUCGUGUAGAUCAUUCAGUACUCGAUUUUGUCAUUAUGCACCUUCAGCAAGAGCGCACAACAAAUGUGUUCGAACAUAAUAGUUUAGUGAUCAUCGUUAGAAAUUAUUUUGCUCGACAAAUGGAACAAACAUAUACAUUUAUGAGCUAGCACAGAAAUGUUUACAGUGAAUGGUAAGUUUUGAGAUUAGGGUGGAGAUUUCGAUGGAUCUCAGAUGGUCUUCCGGAUGAAAGAAAAUGGCCGCAUGAUGAUUCGAAAUACUUUAAAAAAUUCCCACUUUAGGGACCAAAAUGAUGUAAUUAUGAAUGCACCAAUGAAUACUUCAUUAUUUUCUCUACAAAACCGUAAUAUCGUUGAAAUUUGACAUAUCUCCCCACUUUUGUGCAUAAUAUUUAAAUACAAUAUUCCGAAUAUUUUCGAUUCUUCUAAAAGGAAACAUCAAGAUUUGAAAAAAAAACUAAUGGACUAUUCAUUGGUACACUUAAUAUAUAAAUAAAUAUUUAGGUACGUAUGUACAGUUCGCAUAAUCACAGAUGCCUUUAACUAUUUUACCACUCUGUCGGAACAAAACGUCGAAAGUUGAAUCUGUAUAACAAAAUUACCAGAAAAACUUAUAUUUAUUGUGGAAAUGUUUUCUAAAUACUUAUCUGUACAAUCUCUUUUUACUUUCUUGCAAAAAAGGAAGAUUCUAAAACUAAACUAAAGAAGAUAAUCGAAAAGACUUAUUUUUAACAAUCAGAUUUCAGCGCGACAUAAAUCAAAGAAGACGAAGUGCAAAUUAAAUUUUUACAGUUUCAUAAAUUUUCCCUAAAACGUACAAUUUCUUAGCAGUGAAAGACGUAUUCUUCGAGUAUUUUCUACGAUCACACGUAUAAUUUCCGCGAUUCGAUGACGUGGAUGAAAAAUAGCACUGACAUGCGAUACUUCAAAGCAUAAUUUACUCGCUGGUUGUAAAAAGUUCAUUGUUUAUACGUGUGCGCGACAGUCCGAGGCACGAAAAACCAUACCGCGACGCUUUCGAUGUACAAAGUAGAUUAGGCGAAUUACUACUAGUAAUAGAAUUACGGUAUACGUUACAUGAAAACCGAUCUCCCGUCGGAUGAUCUCGAGUUUCGACCGUCAACGAACAUAGACUUUUCGUUUUUCACGCUAAUGGAGUUGUGAAGCCAAGGUGUUGAGCGUGUUAAUUAAUGUAAGGGCUAACUAUAUAGUAUUGUUUAUAGUGCAUUUUAUCGAGCCCUCACGACUGCCUAUAUAUAAAAUUGUUUAUGACGUAAAAAUAAGUGAACUUGUUGGCUUUGUGUAUUUGUUUCAUACAAAAAUGUGCAGAAAAAUGAAUGAGAAGUUUAGGUAAAAUUAAUUAAAUCAAUGAAUUGUAAUUUUUUAUUUGUGAUUUUUAUAACAAAAUUUUCGUAAGUGUAAAGUUCUAUAAACUUUAUAGUCUAAAUUCUUUCGAGUAGAAUAACCGUAAAUUCAUUCAUUAAGAAUUAACUUGAUCAUGAUUUGACAAUUGUAAAAGUAUAUACCAGUGAAAUAUGAGUCUGAGAAAGUUGUUAAUGCUGUUAUGUUCCAUUCUUGUCUUUAGCAUUGUAUGUGUAAUUGCUUGGCUGAUGGUGGGGUUUAUGUGAAGCAAAUUGAAUGUAAAUAUAAAAUGUAAAUUAUAUAAACUCUGAGGUAAGAGCUUUUCUGUGAAUAAAUGUAUCGCGUUAUAAAUGCUACUCGAAAGUAUUCUAUUCUGAAUAACAUAUAAUAACAUUUAAAUAAUAAAUUUGAAUAUAUUAAUUCUAAUUGAUGCAGCAAUGUUCAGUCUACACUUCGACAACAUGACAUCGCUGUGGUAAUUUAUAUAAAUAAUAUAGUUAAAAACAAUGAAGCAGGUUGCUAUAAUCGAAUGAAAUAUUGUAGGUAGUCGAUGUAAGGAGUUUGUAGUGUCGCAAUUUUUUAAAUGCUUAAAAAUUAAACCAGAAAUGUAUUAUAUAAUCUUGAAGAUCACCUGUUAGUUUAUCACGAUGUUAUGUUAUUUGUGCUUAAUAGGAAAUAAAACAAAUUCGUUUGUUAAACGUUACAUUGAAUAAUUACAAGAAAAAAAUUCGAUUAAUGUUGUAACGUUCUUAAAGCUUUCGAUAACAGUAUUAAAAAUUAAUGAAUUAUUUUUCGUGAAUAUUCACGGACGUUAAAAGGGGUUCUAGUUAUGUUGAAUAUUUUUAUCACUGGCAACAAGAAAAAUUUGAAUUAUGAAUUCUAAAAAUAAUUUAACUCAGUAUCAAAAAGUUGCUUGAUCGAUUUCAUCCCUAAUAUACUCUACGUUUAUUAUUAGAUUGUUGCGGAAGAUGUUUAUAGUGAACUCAUAAUAAAGAUACGCAUGAUCUACGAAUGUAAUAUUGUAAAAAGCUUUUCUAAAUUACACAAAGCUGACGAAAUUGAUAAAUUUUAGAAUAAUAAAGUACGAUCGAUUCCGAAUAGGUUAAAUAUAACUUUUAACGAAACAUUUUUUUUUAAACCAUUAAAGAUCAUACCGACCCAUUCAAUCAGUUAUUAAAAGAACUUUUUCUAAUUAAAAAACACAUGCACACUUGUUGUGUCUCCUCUUCUCGCAAAUAAUAUACAAUAGAUAAUAGACCUACGUAUUACAUGUAAAAUAUGAUAGCGUCCUUUGAAAUACGCGUAUAAAAUCUACAGGACCCAACAGAAUGAAAAGUUUUCAAACUCAUCAUGCUCUAUGUGCCUUCUUCCGUUUACGCUAAUAAUUGAUAAAUUUGUAAUCACUCGUGUCUUUGGAUGGUGCAACACUUUCGCUACGGAAUUAUUCGAACGGAAACUAUUUUCACAUCAAAAUACACGAGAGUGCGAAGUUUCGGUCUUUUAUGGAACCCAAGAGUCUCGAUUGAAACGUAAUUUAAAAAAAUGGCGAAUGUAUUACGAUAUGGGCCAAAUUAACAAUAUACAAAUUUAUAGAUAGUACAGAACAUAGGGAAACUAAUUUUUGAAAGUAUUCGAUUUAAACAGCGAGGGGGUUAAAUAAAUUGCGUCUACGGUGUACCAGAAAUAAAUUAUUGUAAUGUUGCGUGCCCUCUUGAGAGUUGGCAUCUCUAAAAUGUAACGUCGAAAGUGAAACUGACAUUUAUUGCAAAUGAAAUAAAAUGAAAUUAAAGUGUCACGACUUACUAAUCUGUGUCUGCCAUCCAAUUUUGCAUUUAACAACAGCACUCUCAAGUUGAUACGUUACAUAAUGCUACUUGUCCACAUGAAUGUAAAAUACUGCGAAUUAUGUUCACGAGAGUGAGCACGAGAAUUAAUGGAAAAUAGGAUAUAGAUAAUAUUUAGUAUUGUGCCUACUAAUAAGAGUUGUUUUGGGAAAUAGUUAUUUUUUAGUGGACAUCUAGCAUAAGGAGAUCUGUACUUACAUGAAUGAAUGUAUUAUUUAUGUUGUGCUCUGAUGUAACUGUUCAUAUUAUUCGUCAUCUGAGUAUAUUUGUAAGAAUAUAUACGUGUACCA